AUGAUCCACCGUUUCCGAUUCUUAUGGCUCAGACGAUUAAGAAGGAGAGUGUCUCAUAAGGAUAAUGAUGUUGUUGGAAAUGGUACAAAGCGAAAUUCGGAGGUUAAAGACUUGAAUAAGGAUGUCCAAAAGCUUUUAUGGAAGAAUAAAAUGAAGUUUCCAAAGGCGGAUUCGUUACUCAAGUCUCUCGGGCUUAUGGGAUCAGUGAAAUCGAAAGUGAGAAAGAGGAGUAAAUCAAGAAAGUCGAUGAUGAUAAUGUCUAGAAAGUCCAUGAUGGUAAUGCCUCUCAUGGUACUAAUGAGAGUGGUUGUGGUGAUGGGGGCAAUGAUUCGGCUGGAAAAUUGGAUUGUGCUGUGGAUGGCUAAGGAUAAAACUAAAGAAGUUAGGCCCCUGAAGAAAGCGAAAUCAGUUGUUGAAGAAAAUGGUUGCAUUGUUGAAGAAGUCAAUGUAUGGCCUGAGAUUGUAGAAACAGAUGGAAGUUUAAAAAAGCUUAUCGACUUCAGAGGAAAGUUGUAUCUUACUCCUUUGACUACUGUUGGAAAUCUUCCUUUUCGAAGGGUCUGUAAAGCGUUAGGAGCUGAUGUAAGUUGUGGUGAAAUGGUAAUGUGCACAAAUCUGUUGCAGGGUCAAGCUUCAGAAUGGGCACUGCUGAGACGUCAUUCGUCUGAGGAUUUAUUUGGUGUUCAAGUAUGUGGGGCUUAUCCAGAUACAGUUAUGGGUUGCCCAAUUGAUAUUGUUGUCAACAAGGGCGCUGGGUCAUCUCUUCUUACAAAAGCAAUGCAGAUGAAAAGCAUUAUAGAAGCUGCUUCUGGUACAGUGGAAAAGCCUAUAACAGUCAAGGUGCGAACAGCUUACUUUGAAGGAAAAAAUCGCAUUGACUCAUUAAUUGCAGAUAUUGGAAACUGGGGAGCCAGUGGUAUAACAAUUCAUGGCCGGUCACGUCAGCAAAGUUAUAGCAAGCGUGCUGCUUGGGACUACAUAUUCCGAUGUGUUAAAAAGGCCUCAGAUUCUUGGCAAGUUCUAGGAAAUGGCGAUGUCUUUUCAUAUGUUGAUUGGACAAGCACAAGUUUGACUGCCCCGAGCUUUCUUCAUGCAUGA